AUGUUAUUAACUAGACACCCAAUUAAUGUUGUUAGGCCAUUAGGUCAUUAUUUACGUUGUUCUACUCGAAGAUUUUCAAAAGUUUCAGAUAUUGCAUUUGUUUUCGACAUAGAUGGUGUAUUACUCCGUGGGUCGAAGACAUUGCCAACAGCCAAGCCAGCAUUAGAACUAUUAAAUGAACAUAAAGUCCCGUUUAUAUUAUUAACUAAUGGUGGAGGUGUUACAGAAUCAGCAAGAGCCAAUUUCCUAUCAUCUGCGAUCGGAGUCCCCAUUUCUCCUUUGCAAAUAGUUCAGAGUCAUACACCAAUGAAAGCAUUUGCACAUAAUAAUCAAUUUGACAGGGUAUUGGUUGUGGGUGGAGAUAAAGAUAAUGCCAGAGAGUGUGCGAAUGAAUACGGCUUUAAAGAUGUGAUUAUGCCUAUUGACAUUGUGAAUGCUGAUCCUUCUAUAUCAGCCCAUCAUAGGAUUGCCGCAGAGGAAUUUAAAUAUGCCUUGAGUCCAGAAAAGCUCAAUAUAGAAAAGCCAGUGAGCGCAAUUUUGGUGUUCAAUGAUGCUAGAGAUAUGGGGACAGAUACGCAAAUAAUCCUUGAUUUAUUAAAUUCAGAAAAUGGGGUCAUUGGAACGAAGCGAUCCAUUACCAGUAUCAACGAUAAACAUAAACCUUCUAUUCCAAUUGUCUUUAGCAACAAUGACUUUUUAUGGGCAAAUGACUAUAAGCUUCCAAGAUUUGGACAAGGUGCGCUAAGAAUUAUGAUUGAAGCAUUGUAUAAAGAGGUGAAUGGCUUGAAGGAAAACGAGAAAUUGCAAUCAGAAAUUUUGGGUAAGCCAUUUCCGAUACAAUACGAUUUUGCUCAUAAUGUUUUAAUUGAUUGGAAUACGAAAAUGGCUGAGAAUAAUACUAAUGACUUGAAUCAACUCUUGCCAAAAUUGAAUGAAAAACCUACAAAUUCACCCUUUAGAAAAAUUUACAUGAUUGGUGAUAACCCUGCAUCAGAUAUUAUGGGUGCUAAUGUUAAUGGUUGGGAAUCAUUAUUAUUGAGGACGGGUGUUUACAAGGAUGCAGAUUGGGAUACAAUUGUUGCAAAACCCUCGGCUGGUGUUCAUGAUGAUGUUUUAGAAUCAAUUAGAUUUGCAUUGCGUGAAAAUUCUGUUAUGUAG